UUUUUGGGGGGGGGGGGGGUUAGAGUGAAUUAAAGAAUACUGGUCUGAUUUGCCUGUUCUUAUGUCUUCUUCUGCUGCCACUGCCUCAGUCGUGAUGUUGUGGGCAGAACUUAGGGCUUGCUCUGCCAUUGGGUGACUCACACUCUGACUAUGACUGCACAGCCUGGAUGAUGAUUCAAUUGACUGUCAGCCUCGUCAGGCAAUUCACCAGCCAAUAAUUACAAUCUCAGUAACCUGCUAGAUCCGGUUUCUUGCAAUAUAGGGAAACUACGUUCACCAUCUUUGGCAAUGAACGCUCAAUAAUGCCUUCCUCAAUAUCGACCACAUGCCUUUUCUUACUUUUGUCCCUUCUUCCAGCACCGACCGGUGCUGGUGCCUCCUCUCUCAUUCUCAUCCGUCGACGUCUAUGUAUCGCGCAGCUUUUCCCAAGAAAAUAGUUCUAGCUCCCUGUAUAUACGCAACCCCAACCCCCACAGCAUGAACACAAGAGAUCAUCUUCGGAGAUCUAAAUCUACUCGAUCAAUUCGGACAAGCCAGGACAGUUUCUCAGCAACAGACCAGCUCAGCCCAGACAUUGCUAGGCUGCACGCAAUGGCAGCAGCUUCCAGGGCAAUGUCACGAUCCACAAAUAGAUCCUCGACCUUGACUCAGGGUUCAUACGGCCGAUUGGGGGGCCCUCAUAGCAUGGCAGUUCCACAGAGGAGACAUCACCCAAGCAGGUCCUCCUAUCCAUCGGAAGAUAUCCCCGCUGCGGAUGAGCCAUCCGCUCACGAAUCAGCCCCGGUGUCCAUCGAAGGAGCAGGGCACGAACCGAGCUGGUCGACAGCACUUCCUUCCAUCAGUGAGUUCGGGGGCCUUGAAGACCGAAUCUCUUCUCUGCCUUCAUCCUAUCGCCGGUUACGCAAAACACGGUCGAUGUUUUCAACUAGACAGCACUCUUCCUGGAUACCUCAUAGACCGUCCUCCCCGGACUCUUGUUCAUUCACUGUUAUCAAUAAGGGGGUGGCAUUUAAUCCACCAAAAUUUCACAAAACACUGCGACGGUCCAUGUCAUUUCUUGGGGGCAAUGGUCAGCCCCCGAAGACUCUGAGACAUGCAAAAAGCCAUGAUGUCUCGGUUGAAUUGGCGCGCCAUCAAUAUGAGCAGAACGCCACAGAGUUCACAGAUCCUCCUCGACGACAUUCCGCUUACAUACUACAUCCCAAACGAGAGCACAGGCCGUUCAGAAAAACGUUCCGCACAGCCAAUCCUUCCGAACAGACUCCCAUCGAAUCUCCGCAGGGAGGAGCCGAGCUCAACAUUCCCACAGCUCGUAGGAGGGCUAGGUCAAUCUCAUCUUCUAUCAAAAAGGGUCUCAAGCGAGUUCUAGGACUCUCUAGAACUCCUCAUGGGCGAGGGCAGACACAGGAAUCCCCUUCAUCUGGCCAUCAUUGGAAUCAAGCUCUUUCUCCCGCAAUCGAUGGAACCACAAUGGAUUGCCUCAGGGACGGCUUACACAGCCUGAAAUCAAACACCGUGGACAGUCCAGCCGAUCACCAUCCGCCUCCAACAAUACGAAGAAUGCAGAGCUCUGCAAGCCUUGCCACCACCCGCUCUCGUGUGACAAGUUGGGCCGACUCAACCGUCGCGAAUACAAUAGCGACCCCAAGAGCGGACGCCCGGAAACAUAUUUCUGUUAUUGGCGAGCAGAGAAGUCCCAGCCAAGAAACCAUUCACUCCUUCCAUCGGGGUACUCGGUCAGGCAUUGCAAUAGACAGCCGUCGGUUGUUCUCUGCCCUGAUGAAGCAGGUCAGCGGAGCCAGUGCAGCCCAAAGCCCAGCUGACGAGAUGGUUGUCGGGCAUGUCAAGGAACAUCGUGCCGUCCCCACAGAAGGAUCUUUACACCUGCACCGCAGCAGCCAUACUAUCCGCCAGAUUGCUAGUAACGAGUCAAUUACCUCUCCAGGAUCCUUUGCCACGGCCAGCGUCGGUCCAAUUACCCCACAGAAACAGAUAUAUGGUCACAAUUCCAGACGCCUCUGUGAGACAGGACCUCCUCAGGACAUUCAGAGACGUAAAAUUAUCGAUGCGGCCCCUGAAGAACCCGAAACAAGCUCUGAUUCAGCCAGCGUCUACUCCCGGACGACGAGUGGAAACUCACCCAACCCCAAGACUUUUACAGGGUCACCCCAUUCAGGAGAAGAGCCAGGAAUCGCAACCAUUUUUGCCUCCCAAAGGGUACCAUACAGCUCUCCAGCCAAAGCCUCUCAGCCUCGGUGUGCCGACGUUGCAGCGGAACCAGGUACCGAUUGGCAGAGUUGGAUGAACUCUCAAAUGGCAAUCAUUGAAAACACCACCCCCACACGACAUUAUCGCGAAAAUGCGCAGAUUCAAGACGAUGAAGAACUGGGUCUCCCGGCUGCCAUUCCAGCACGGAAGGUACGGAUAGCUAGCCGAGCUGUGAAUUCGCCUGGUAGUGACCGCGAAGGUUUAAGCCGCAAGUUGUCGACAAGCAGCAACUUUUCCCGCCCAUUUAGUCGAUCUUCAAGUGCACGCACCAUAGUAAUGAGCCCGAAGCACCACCAGGUACCAGAUACCUUUUCUCCUUCUGUUCCUUUGAUGGCGCCCGAAGACGUCUUCCAGAGCUCCAACACGCCUGGGGGCUUCCUCGGGUCAUCGCGCGCAAGGGAAAGCAAUCUCAAAGUACCCCCAAUGCGGUCGAGACCCAGCAAUCAAUCCCGCGUCCCGGAGUGUCCAACUGCUACACAAGAGUCGACGAAUAUAUCACCUAAGAUGGGCCGUGGAAAGCAUCCAGUGAGGUGGUCCCCCGGAUCUCAAGGUUCCAAAGCAUUCCCCCGACGAUCUGCUCGAUAUUGUCGCGAAAACCGGAUGGUAACGAACGAGAAUUCAAGAAUUAGACAAGGCCAGGAUGGCCAUGGCUUUGAUCCUCAGUCGCCAAUUUCGAGUAAGCACAUGGUAGAGAUGUUUUUAAGCAGUCGACGCCGCCAGAUGGGAGCGGACAUGUCAGACGACGGAGAUUCCGAAGUGGCGUUCAUCUAAGACUUCCAGAAAAAAAAAAAAAUGCGUGCCUCUGCGAUUAUGAUCAAGAUAUCGCUAGCUUUUAAUAACCUUGUUAAUGACUAUUCUUUGGCCAAGUUGGACCUGGGUGGUGCCCAUACUUAGUGUCGUUAAGCUCUGUA